UUUAGUAUAAUUGAUCAAAGCCAAAAAGACAAGCAACACAACAAAAGUGAUAAAUAGUUGUUUGUGUUUUGUACAAAAUAGAGUUUAAGUUACCAAAAUAUUUUUUGUUUGGUGCGAUAAGGAAGAGCAUUUAACCAAAAAGUAAAUUUAUAGAAGCUUCAACAUGAAGUUAUUCGUUUUACUGGCUGUUGUGGCCUUUGUUGGCCUCUCACUUGGUGAGGAAAAGAAGGAAAAGGAUAAGGAGCUGGGCACCGUUAUUGGCAUCGAUCUGGGCACCACAUACUCAUGCGUUGGCGUUUACAAGAACGGACGUGUUGAGAUCAUUGCCAACGAUCAGGGUAAUCGUAUUACGCCCUCGUACGUGGCCUUCACAGCUGAUGGCGAGCGUCUGAUUGGUGAUGCCGCUAAGAAUCAGUUGACCACAAAUCCAGAGAACACAGUCUUCGAUGCCAAGCGUCUGAUUGGUCGCGAAUGGUCUGACACAAAUGUCCAGCACGAUAUCAAGUUCUUCCCCUUCAAGGUGGUCGAGAAGAAUUCCAAGCCACACAUUAGCGUCGAUACAUCGCAGGGCGCCAAGGUCUUCGCACCUGAGGAGAUCUCCGCCAUGGUCUUGGGCAAGAUGAAGGAAACCGCCGAAGCCUAUCUGGGCAAGAAAGUCACCCACGCUGUUGUUACUGUGCCCGCCUACUUUAACGAUGCCCAGCGUCAGGCAACCAAGGAUGCCGGUGUCAUUGCUGGUCUGCAGGUGAUGCGCAUCAUCAACGAACCCACUGCCGCUGCCAUUGCUUACGGUCUGGACAAGAAGGAGGGCGAGAAGAAUGUGCUUGUGUUCGAUUUGGGCGGCGGCACCUUCGAUGUCUCCCUGCUGACCAUUGAUAACGGCGUCUUCGAGGUCGUGGCCACCAACGGUGACACUCACUUGGGCGGUGAAGAUUUCGAUCAGCGCGUCAUGGAUCACUUCAUCAAGCUGUACAAGAAGAAGAAGGGCAAGGAUAUUCGCAAGGACAACCGUGCUGUGCAGAAGCUGCGUCGUGAGGUCGAGAAGGCAAAGCGUGCUCUGUCUGGUUCCCAUCAAGUGCGCAUUGAAAUCGAAUCGUUCUUCGAGGGUGAUGACUUCUCUGAGACUCUGACCCGUGCCAAGUUCGAGGAGCUUAACUUGGAUCUCUUCCGCUCGACUCUGAAGCCUGUGCAGAAGGUCUUGGAGGAUGCUGACAUGAACAAGAAGGAUGUGCAUGAGAUUGUGCUCGUCGGUGGCUCUACUCGUAUCCCCAAGGUGCAGCAGCUGGUCAAGGACUUCUUCGGUGGCAAGGAACCAUCUCGCGGCAUUAACCCUGAUGAAGCUGUUGCCUACGGUGCUGCCGUCCAAGCUGGUGUGCUCUCCGGCGAACAAGAUACCGAUGCCAUCGUUCUGCUCGAUGUCAACCCACUGACCAUGGGCAUUGAGACCGUCGGCGGUGUGAUGACCAAACUGAUUCCACGCAACACUGUCAUUCCCACAAAGAAGUCGCAGGUGUUUUCCACUGCCUCCGACAAUCAGCACACUGUCACCAUUCAGGUGUACGAGGGCGAGCGUCCCAUGACCAAGGACAAUCACUUGUUGGGCAAAUUCGAUCUGACGGGCAUUCCACCAGCACCACGUGGCAUUCCCCAGAUUGAGGUUUCAUUCGAGAUCGAUGCCAACGGCAUUCUGCAGGUCAGCGCCGAGGAUAAGGGCACCGGCAACAAGGAAAAGAUUGUGAUCACCAACGACCAGAACCGCCUGACACCCGAGGAUAUCGAUCGCAUGAUCCACGAUGCUGAGAAGUUCGCCGAUGAGGACAAGAAGCUGAAGGAGCGCGUCGAGUCGCGCAACGAGCUGGAAUCGUACGCUUACAGUCUGAAGAACCAGAUCGGCGACAAGGAGAAGCUGGGCGCCAAGCUGAGCGACGAUGAGAAGACCAAGCUGGAGUCGGCCAUCGAUGAGUCGAUCAAGUGGCUGGAAUCGAACCAGGAUGCCGAUCCCGAGGAAUACAAGAAGCAGAAGAAGGACCUCGAGGCCAUCGUUCAGCCAGUGAUUGCUAAGCUGUACCAGGGCACCGGAGGUGUUCCACCCACAGAGGGCGCUGAUGCCGGCGAUGAUCUCAAGGACGAGCUGUAAAGCGGUCGUUUGUGAUCAGGACGGAGCGGAGCGUACGAUUGAUUAUAUAGUUUUGGCAGUAGCAUUAAAUCAGACUGAUUAAACAAUUAUUAAACAAACAGCAAGAGCAA